AUGGAAGCUGGCUAUAGCUUCGGGGUGAGCAAGCUCGACGAGCACCAGGAUCUGCUCACGGCACAGAAGGCGCGACCGGCUCCCGGCUCCCGGAUGCUGUGCGGGGCAGCGGCGGCGUCGGCCUCGCUCAGCCCGGGGGACUGCGCCUUCGUGGCGGUCUUUGCAGAUGAGCCCAGCCAGUUUGGCCUUCUCAUGCUGAAGGACACCGCAGGCGAAAAGAUCUUUGUGACCGACAGCUUGGGCGAGGACGGGACGCUGCCGCAGGCCAACAUCCGGGAGUUCGCCUCUGCCGUAAGCGCGGGCACCGUGCUGCGCCAGUCCAGCUUCAAGAAGGCGGCAGGCACGGAGAUCAGCGGGGACAAGCUGAUCGCCUUCACCGGCUCCUGGUCGGCGCCGAAGCCCAUCUGCUCAGUGCACAUGAGCGAGAAGGCGGAGAAGGGUCGGCUGCUCUCCGGGCUCGAGGAUGGUCAUGUGGAAGUGGUUGAUGGCUACGACGACCCCGAAGCUUUUCAACUGCCAGGGGAUGCCCAGGUGAACCCCAACCCCCCUACCCUUCGAAGAUCGGACACCGCCCCCGCCUCGCCGCCCAUGUCGGCAAGCCGCAUGGAUGACGAAGCUCGCCAGCGAAUGGACGCGGCAGACACGCUGCCUUACAACAUGGCGACUGAACCUUGGGUGCCUCCACUUGUGGGGCUUCAACGGCUGUCCGUGGCGCCUCCUGAAGAAGACCUUCCGCCAACCCAGGACCCUUUCCACGGCGAAGCGCCACCAGAGGAAGAUCCAACUUCAGAGCCAGCGCUCAUGAAGCUUGCUGAAAACAAGGCUAAGAAGGCCGAGCUCAUGCAAACCAUUCGCCUGGCAAGGCAGGCCUUGCGAAAGUUGGGCUUCACAGCCGAGGCUGAGGAAGCCAGCUCCUGUGGGGCUAAAGACCAAAAGAGCUCUAUGGCAAAGGUCAUGCCGAGUGAGGCUUUUAGCCCUGCCAACAAGGUCAUCAACGGCGACGCGCCGAACGCCAGCGCGGACAGGGUGGCCGCCAACACCAGCAAGGACAAGGUGACUGCCAACACCAGCAAGGACAAGGUGACUGCCAACACCGGCACGGACAAGGUCAUCGCCGAAACCAGCAUGGGCAAGGCGGCCGCCGACGGCAACAUGAAUAACGUGGCCACCAACGUCAGCAAGGAGGAGGUCAUCGCCGACACCAACAUGGACAAGGUUCCCGCCGAUGCCAACACGGACAAGGUCGUCGCCGACACCAACAUGGACAAGGUGGCCACCGACGCUUACAUGGACAACAUGGCCGCCGACGCCAGCACGGACAAGGUUGUCGCCGACACCAACAUGGACAACAUGGCCGCCGACGCCAGCACGGACAAGGUUGUCGCCGACACCAACAUGGACAAGGUGGCCGCCGACGCUUACAUGGACAACAUGGCCGCCGACGCCAGCACGGACAAGGUUGUCGCCGACACCAACAUGGACAAGGUGGCCGCCGACGCUUACAUGGACAAGGUGGCCGCCGACGCCAGCACGGACAAGGUCGUCGCCAACAUCAACAUGGACAACGUGGCCGCUGACACCGGCGCAGACAAGGUGACCGCCGACGCCAACAUGGACAAGGUGGCCGUCAUCGCCAGCAAGGACAAGGUGACUGCCAACGCCAGCACGGACAAGGUUGUCGCCGACACCAACGCAGAGCAGGUGGCCGCCGAUGCCAACGUGGACAAGGUGGCCGCAGCAGACGCCAUCAGCGCGAUUGAUGCCCCCGUGGGCCAGGAGUUCAAGCACCUUGCCUCCGAUGACCAACAGCUCAGCCACAAGGCGUUGAACAGCGACACAGCCGGUGACCAGCUCAGCAGCGACGGGUACGAGGUGGAGGGUGGCACGCUGGCGCAUUGCGACAAGGAGGUGAAGCUCGCAGUGGACGGGGAGCCGGAUGCUGAAGUGGAGGUGCUGGACAACAAAGCGGCCCCUUUAGAGGAGCUGGAGGCACGGCUGGUCACACGUGAGGAGCAGAUGGAGGCCGCCUUGACCAAGAGAGGGAAGAAGAAAAGCAAAGGAGGCAGUGGGCAGGGCAAAGCAAACAAGAAAAGCCGUGACCAGGGAGACGUCGUCGACCUCGAGGCGGAGAGCGGCGACGACACAGCCAACGAGCGCAACCUGCCUGCCAAGGCCAAUGGCAAGGCCAAGGGCAAGGCCAAGAGCAAGGCCAAGAGUAGAGACGCGGACGACGCCAAGAUGCACAACACUGGCACGGGCAAGGGAGAGGAUGGCGAGGCGACGAGGGCCUUCCAGCCUGCAGCUGCCGCGGCUCCAAGUGACACUCAGCCUGAGAAAGCUGAUUCUUCAAAGCGACCAAGGGCAACUGCAAAAGCAAAGUCGAAAGCCAAAUCCAAGCCCCAAGACUUGCUGACCAAUGCCGAUGAGGGACAGGGUGGCGCCGAGCUGCCCGCCCCGCCCACCAAACGGAGGCGCUCCGCUGACGGAGUCACGGCAACCUUCGCGAGGCGCUACGUUCCCAAGGCACCCGCCAAGAAAGACCAGUGGAACGCGAUGAAGCUGGUUUUCGAGAACCACGUCAAGCCCCGUGUCCAAAGAGCAUCCUCGUUGGAGGACAAGUUGCGGCAAGUUUCCCCCAACACGUAG